AUGGGUAAAUUAAUACAAUUAUUAACUCAUCCAACAGAAUUAAAAGCUGCUAUUCAAUUAAUGGGAUUUAGACAACCAUUACAUCCAAUAAAGAAAAAUUCACAAUCAGAAAGUUUAAUUAGAUGUUAUGAAUUAUUAAAUUUAACUUCAAGAUCAUUUGCUUCAGUAAUAAAAGAAUUACAUCCUGAAUUAAAAGAUGCUAUAAUGAUAUUUUAUCUCGUAUUAAGAGCUCUAGAUACAAUUGAAGAUGAUAUGACUAUAAAACCUGAAAUUAAGAUUCCAUUAUUAAGGAAUUUUGAUUCAAAAUUAGAUACUAAGGAUUGGACAUUUACAGAAAGUGGGCCAAAUGAAAAAGAUCGUGAUGUUUUAAUUGAAUUUAAUCAAAUAUUAUCGGUUUAUCAUACUUUAAAACCUGAAUAUCAAGAAAUUAUAAAAGAAAUUACUUAUAAAAUGGGUAAUGGAAUGGCUGAUUAUAUUCUUGAUGAAAAUUUUAAUUUAAAUGGAGUACUGACAAUCCAAGAUUAUGAUCUAUAUUGUCAUUAUGUUGCAGGAUUAGUUGGUGAAGGAUUAACAAAAUUAAUGGUAUUAGCAAAAUUUUCAGAUGAUUCCCUUGUACAAGAUAACUUUGUGAAAUCAAAUUCAAUGGGAUUAUUUUUACAAAAGACAAAUAUAAUAAGAGAUUAUCAUGAAGAUUUAUUAGAUGGUAGAUCUUUUUGGCCAAAAGAAAUUUGGUUUAAAUAUACUAAUGAAUUACCUGAAUUUUAUAAAAAUCCAAAAAAGGAAAUUGAUGGAUUAUCAUGUAUAAAUGAUUUAGUUUUAAAUGCUUUAGGUCAUGUUAAACAUGUCUUGGAAUUUUUAUCAUUAGUGAAAGAUCCAUCAACUUUUUCAUUUUGUGCUAUUCCACAAGUAAUGGCAAUUGCAACAUUAGCAGAAGUAUAUAAUAAUCCAAAAGUAUUGAAAGGAGUUGUUAAAAUAAGGAAAGGUACAACAUGUAAAUUAAUUUUAGAAAGUAGAACUUUCCCAGGAGUUGUUAAAAUUUUUAGACAUUAUAUUCAAAUAAUAAAUCAUAAAUCAUCAGUAGGUGAUCCAAAUUAUUUAAAAAUUGGUAUAAAAUGUGGAGAAAUUGAACAAUUUUGUGAAACUAUGUAUCCUUCAAAAAAUGCUAUCCCUAAAGGUGCAAAUAUACCUGAAUUUCCAAUAAAUAAAAUUUUAAAACAAAGAAUUAAAAUUGAUGAAAGUAUUCAAAGAAGAAUUGAUCAAGAAAAUUUUAAUACUAAUGCUGUUUUAGGAUUUUUUGGUGUAUUAUUUGUAAGUAUUAUUUUUUAUAUUUUAAGAAGGUAA